AUUUUUACGGUAGUUUAUUCAGCCUUCUAGAUAAGAUAUCGAUAACAUUGACUAAUCGUUUCUAUCUACAAUAGAAUUUCUAUAAUUAAUUUGUACUUAAUGUUAAAAAAUGUUGGCUUUGGUAUUAAUGUUAUAUUUUGCCGAAAUUUGGGCUGCACCAGAACACAGACUCUCCAUCAUUGGUGGGCAUAAUGCCACUAAAGGUGAAUUUCCUUAUAUAGUCACUAUUCAAGAAUGUGCAAUAGAAUGUAGCCAGUUGUGUAAUGGAGUUAUUAUUUCCAAAAGCUGGAUCUUAACAUCUGGACAUUGCGUUGAUUUGUUCAUUGAAGGCAUAUGGAAAGAGGUUUAUGCAGGAGUGACAAAUAUUGACGAUCCAAAUAAACAAAACAGAAGUGUGGAAAGAUCCUUUUAUCACGAAAAUUUUAAUAAAACGUACCCCAGAUUAUUUGAUAUUGGUCUUGUAAAAGUAACCACUCCAUUUGAAUUUAACGAGUUAGUUCAACCCGCUAAAUUACCUAAACAGGAUACUGAGGUCUUAUUAGCACCAGGAAAUUUAGCAGGAUGGGGAAAAAUGGAGCAUAGAUUAUUUCCAAAUAGUUUACAGGCAGUCGAAGUACCUGUUAUUGAUUUUCAAGAUUGUGUUAACGAAUUUACCGAACAUGGCGUGAAAAUGCCCGACUACAAUAAUUCCGCAAUUUGUACUGGCCAUAUGGGCGAAGGAAAAGGAGCUUGUAGCCUAGAUUAUGGAGGGCCCUUACAGCAGGAUAUCCUUGUCGUUGGCAUAGUGUCUUGCUUUGCCCAAUGCAGCCCGACAGGUGGUUUGACGUUAUAUACCAAGAUCAGUUCAUACAUAUCCUGGAUUGCUGAACACAUAGAUGAAGAAUUGACAUUUUAACAUUAUUUUAUUGUAACAAACAAUUGGACUUCGUAAGUCCUUGGUUCUCACCCAAUAUAACCGGAAGUAGAACCGGUAAAAUUAUAGUACAAUUAUAAUUUAUAUACCUAUAAUUAUUUUAUUAUAAUUUGUAAAUAUUUAUAUAAUAAAUUUUAUUUACAAUG